UUUCCUUAUUAACAAUUAAAACACCAAGGAAUAUGAGCCAAAUCAGUGCGGAAGACAAACUGGACUAUGUGAAGUCCAAGAUUGGCGAAUAUCCUAACUUUCCCAAAGAGGGGAUACUAUUUCGCGACAUAUUCGGCGCCCUGACUGAUCCCAAGGCCUGUGUCUACCUCAGGGAUUUGCUGGUGCAGUACAUCAGGCAGAGCCAGCCUGAGGUGGAAGUCAUCGUGGGACUGGACUCACGGGGCUUCCUCUUCAACCUGCUGCUGGCCACCGAACUGGGCGUGGGGUGUGCGCCCAUACGCAAAAAGGGAAAGCUGGCCGGCGAGGUCGUCUCCGUUGAGUAUCAACUAGAAUACGGUAGCGACACCUUUGAGCUGCAGCGUACGGCUAUCCAGCCUGGCCAGAAAGUCGUCAUUGUGGAUGAUCUGCUAGCCACAGGUGGUUCCCUGCUAGCCGCCUCCGAGCUGGUUCGUAAAGUGGGUGGCGUUGUGCUAGAAAGCCUGGUGGUGAUGGAACUGGUCGGCCUCGACGGCCGCAAGAAGCUGGACUGCAAAGUACACUCCCUGAUCAAGUACUGAGGGUUAAUGCCGGCCUUCCAUAAUUGCAUUUACUUACCUCAAAGCGGUCCUGUUCAACUAGCAAUAUUUUUACCAACAUUUAACUGUUUAGUGAGAGUGAAAUAUAUAGUAAAAUAUUUUUGUAUCGAAUGGAA